UCAAAUUCUACGCUCACACCAAUUUUUUCUUGCGUUAGAGAGAGAGAAGAGAGAGAGAGAGAGAGAGAGAGAGAUGGGAGUUCUUCUAUCCAGGAUCGGAGUUCUUCUUUCAAAUUGGUUCGGCCCCCCGACAGCCAGCGCCGAAGCUGCCUCAUCGGAGCCGUCGUCGGUGUUAUCUUUUCACUCCUCAGCCAGAUGGCAACUCCACUACAAUUCCGCUCAGGAAUCUUCCAAGCUCAUGGUGAUUGAUUUCUCCGCAACUUGGUGUGGACCCUGUAGGCUCAUGGAGCCAUCUUUCAACGCCAUGGCUAGUAAAUACACCGAUGUUGAGUUCGUCAAAAUCGAUGUUGAUGAGUUAUCUGAUGUGGCUCAGCAUUUUGGAGUACAAGCAAUGCCGACAUUUGUGUUGCUGAGGAAAGGGAAAGUGGUGGAUACAGUGGUUGGAGCCCGCAAGGAAGAGCUGGAGAAGAAGAUUCAGAAGCACCGAUCGGCAUCUGGUUGAACUUAGAUCCAAAAACCCCCAAUAAUAAGUUCUCUCACUCUCACUUUUACUCUUCUUCCUCCUUUUAUGUAAACAUAUGAAAAUUAUCUAUAUUCUAACUUGGUCACCGAUUUGAAUUUAAAUAUGCUAUAUAAACUUCAUCCUUGUUCUUGUUUGAGUUCGAUCAAUCUAUCUUCUCUGUUCUGUAAA